AUGAGUGCUCGCCGCUCUUUUCCGUCUCUGACACACAACAAUCAUGCCAUCAUUAUUGCGAAAGAUCGUCAGUACUCAAACCCCAUGCUUGACUCCAAGUACGAACCAUUGACUCUUGUACAGGAGGUCGAGCAUGACAAUGGUCUGUCGAACAAAGAGUUGUUUCUCACCAAUCAUGAUCUGAAGAUUGUCGAGCCUGAGCGGCGUCAGUGGAGAGCAUUCAACUUUGUCGGCUUCUGGAUUGCCGACUCAUUCAACAUCAAUACGUGGAUGAUCGCUGCUUCUUCGCUUGAUGUCGGCUUGGCUUGGUGGCAGGCCUGGGUUUGUGUCUGGGUCGGCUAUAGCAUCUCGGCAUUCUUCAUCUGCCUGACUGGUCGCGUUGGUGCUGUCUACCAUAUCUCUUUCCCUGUCAUGAACAGGGCGUCCUUCGGCAUCUUUGGUUCGCUGUGGCCAGUGCUCAAUCGUGCUUUGAUGGCAUGUAUCUGGUAUGGUGUACAAGGCUGGAUUGGCGGAGAGUGUGUCUACCUCAUGAUCCUCGCCAUCUGGCCUUCAUUCGGCACACGACCUUCCUUGACCAAGGAGAUCGCCCUGGGCGGCACCGUCAACUAUCUCAUUGGCUUCAUCCUCUUCUGGGCUGGCUCCCUUCCCUUCAUCUGGUUCCCCGUCCACAAAGUUCGCCACUUGUUUACCGUCAAAGCUGUCGUCGCACCCACAGCCGGGAUCGCCUUCCUCAUCUGGGCACUUGUCAGAGCAGGCGGCGCAGGCAGGAUCAUCCAUCAACCUGCCAAAGCACAUGGCUCUGAACUUGCUUGGGCUGUGAUCACUGGCAUCAUGUCUUCUGUGUCCAACUUUGCGACUCUCAUUGUCAACGACCCUGAUUUCUCACGUUUCGCCAGCAAGCCCAGUGAUGCCUUGUUACCUCAAUUCAUCACCAUUCCUCUGGGUUUCGGACUGACUUCUCUCAUCGGCAUUCUCGUUGGCUCGGCCUCUGCAGUCAUUUACCCUGAGCUCGGCGCCGUGUGGAACCCGCUCGAGCUCCUCAAAGCAUUUAUCACCGAAGACGGACACGGCAGCGCAGGCGCAAGAGCAGGAGUCUUUCUCAUCGCAGCCGCCUUUGUGGUCGCUCAACUCGGCACAAACAUUGCCGCCAACUCCAUUUCUGCUGGUACAGAUCUGACUGCAUUGCUGCCUCGCUACAUCAACAUUCGCAGAGGUGGAUACAUCUGCGCUGUCAUUGGUAUCGUCAUCUGUCCAUGGCAGUUUGUCGCUGGAUCCAGCAAAUUCACCACAUAUCUCUCUGCAUAUUCGGUGUUCCUGUCUGCCAUCGCCGGACCCAUGAUUAUCGAUUACUACGCGGUCAGAAAGGGAUACCUCCAAGCUCGCGACUUGUACUCGGCAGAUGUCAACGGACCUUACUACGGCAAGUUCGGUAUCCAGUGGCGUGGCUAUGUUGCCUAUAUCUGCGGUAUCCUCAUCAAUGUUGUCGGUUUUGCUGGCGCUUGUGGGGCUUCUGUGCCUAUCGGUGCGACAUACAUUUACCGGCUCAACUUCUUUACUGGGUUCCUUGUUAGUGGAGGUGUCUACUAUAUCUUGUGCUUGAUCUCACCAGUCAAAGCACCUAACCCUGUCGACGGAUGGUUGGAAGCACCAGAACCCGAUGAGGAGGAUUUGAGUAAUGUUGUCAGUCAUGGCAAGGAGGUGGAUAUGUACUCAAGUGGUAUGGAUGCUGAGCAGUCAAGCGGUUUCUUCAGGAAGAAGAUGGAUGCUGUUACGAAGGCGUUGUAG